UUUCAUAGCUAAAUCGACUGCCAUGGGUUCUCCUAUAUUUUCAUCCCAAUGGUUUCAAUUCAUCGUUAUAGUGCUCUCAGUUUCUGUGGGUAGUGCUGCCCGGUUUGACAUUCCAAGGCUUAGUCCAAUUAGAGGAACAAUCUUGGAAGACCCUAAGACUCUGUCGUCUGCACCUGUUUCAAAGGGUUUCCAAACUUUUUACUACACUCAAACGCUUGAUCACUUCAACUAUAAGCCUGAAAGCUAUGCCACUUUCCAGCAAAGGUACGUGCUGAAUUUCAAGCAUUGGGGCGGAGCAAAUGCCACUGCACCAAUCUUAGUCUAUCUUGGAGCUGAAUCGCCUUUGGGCGGUGAUCUUUCUGGCAUCGGUUUUCUCCAUGAUAAUGCCGCCCCGUUCAAAGCACUCUGUGUAUACAUAGAGCAUCGUUACUAUGGAAAAUCAAUACCAUUUCGAUCAAGGAAAGAAGCCUUCAAAAAUGCAAGCACUCUGGGGUAUUUUAACUCUGCGCAAGCCAUAGCAGACUAUGCAGAUAUCAUCAUGCAUAUAAAGAAGAAACUUCAUGCAAUGUCUUCUCCAGUGAUUGUUGUCGGAGGAUCAUAUGGAGGAAUGCUUGCUUCAUGGUUUCGGCUGAAAUAUCCUCACGUUGCUUUGGGAGCUUUGGCCUCAUCGGCUCCAAUCCUUUACUUCAAUAAUAUUACACCAAGCGGUGCAUACUAUUCAAUCGUCUCAAAGGAUUUCAGGGAAGCGAGCGAGACCUGCUAUCAAACUAUACGAAAAUCAUGGUCUGAAAUUGACAAAAUUGCCUCCAAACACCAUGGUCUUUCAACCCUUAGCAAGAAGUUCAAAACUUGCGAACCUUUGACCAGCUCUUCAGAGUUCAAAAACUACUUGGACACGAUGUACACAGGGGCAGCUCAAUAUGAUCGACCACCAAGCUAUCCUGUUAACGAGGUAUGUAGAGGCAUUGAUGGAAGUAAAAAACAAGAUAUUCUUAGCAAGAUCUUUGAUGGAGUUGUGGCUUAUUAUGGGAAUCGAACUUGCUAUCUUAAUCAACCAACCAGUGAUUCCGAAACAGAUCAAGGGUGGAGAUGGCAGACAUGCAGUGAAAUGGUAAUGCCCAUUGGCGUCGGCGAGAAUACCAUGUUCCAACCUGACCCUUUCGACCUAGACAGCUUUAUAAAAAAUUGCAAAGGCUACUACAGCGUUCCUCCUCGGCCUCAUUGGAUCACUUCUUAUUACGGUGGCCAAGAUAUAAAACUGAUUCUCCAGAGGUUUGGUAGCAACAUCAUCUUUUCCAAUGGGCUGCGAGAUCCUUAUAGCAGCGGCGGGGUGUUGGAAAACCUUUCAGAUAGUAUUCUUGCCGUAUCUACAGUCAAAGGAUCUCAUUGCUUAGACAUACAACCAAAAAGGGAAACCGAUCCAGAAUGGUUGGUCGAGCAAAGAAAGACGGUGGGGAAGAUUAUCAAAGGAUGGAUGGCUAAGUACUAUGCCGAUCUUAAAGCAUUCAAACGACAGUAACUUUUAUCCAAGAUGAAAUAUCUAUAAUACAAGAAUCUCCUUUGCUCCAUGUGAUUGAAUUGAGCUACUUUUUUUUAUAAAUGGUGCUAAUGUUUAAUUUGCACAAAAGGAGAAUAUACUAAUUAAGAUGGACAAAGUUGUUACUCUUUGAACUAUACUCCAUCAAACAAAGUCCAGUUUAGUUGGAUAUAUA